CGCAGGCCCUCCUAUGGUGCAGCUCUCCCUGAGCGCUGGCCCUCCGACAGUGGAGGGUUCAUUCAGCGCUGACCCUCCGACAGUGUCCAUUCCCUCGACGCUGACCGUCCAACAGUGUGGCUGUCCAUCACCACAAGAACUGCCUGGCCUGACCUAGGUUAGGUCAGAGACUGUGGAGUGGGAUUUGAAUCUACAACCUCCUGACUCAGUAGGGAAUCUGCUACUGAGUGACCCACAGCUGCCGCUUAUAUAAGGACGAUCAUGUGCUGCUCAACUGUAAUAUCCCAAUUCAGCACAACAAAACCCUUAUUGUUUUCCUUCUGAAAGCAGGAUGAUUUUGGUUCUGCAGCUAAUUGUACACAGCCUUCCUCAUCUUAAACCUUGAAAGCAUUGUACAGUCUGCCAAUGGGAGAUCGAAUACAAGCGAAAAGUUUGCGUUUGGGUUAAUGGGGAGUGCAGUAACUUGUGACUGUGAGUGACAAACCAAACUGGUGGCAUAGGGUUUAUUUGUUUUGUCUCUGGUGGACUGCAUUGGGUUACCUAACUCAGACAGUGUUCCGCCAAUCCUUGAGCUGCAUUUGAUUUGACAGGCAAGAGCCCUUGCCCAGCUGUCCACCCUUGACAAACUGAUGCUUGCUUCAGUGUUAGUUAGUUCUCAGCGAUUAUCCGAUCAGCCUCGCUCAGCCAUCAGAGCUUUCCGAGUGUCUAGGUCACUUUGGGAUCGGCUGUGUGGACGCCAUCGCCCUGCGUUUCUGCGAUGCCCAUGAGUAGACUGUCCAACAGAGCUGCUCAGCCUAACAUCAUCUGGAGGGUUGGGAUGCUUCCUCUGAUGAGUUCGACCUCCCAGGUUCUGCUGAUGACCUACUCUGAUGUCAAGAGGACCAACUGGCUGACCUCUACACUCUGCAAUGCAUUGGAGACUGGUGCGAGGAUGGCAACAGGACUGGCAGUGAGGAGAGCCAAGCCGAUCCUCGACAUUUUUGAGCCCCAAUUUGCCUCAGCCAACACCUUUGCCUCCAAAAGACUGGACAAGUUGGAAGAAGAGUUCCCAAUCCUGCAGCUGUCAAUAGACGAGGUGGCCUGGCACCUCAGGGAGUCCUUGACGCUGACCCUGGACAACGCGCAGGAACAUCUGAGCGAGGAGACGAUGAAGCUGAGGGUGAGGGCUGGCGCCCUGGCGGAGCAGACACGGGCGUUCAUCUCGUGCCAAGCCGCUGCCUUCCUGAACACGGGGCCAGGCCAGCUGAUGGCAGCCAGAGGAGACAGCUGGUUACGGUGGCUGGAGGAGAUGGUGGAUCGACACCUUCCGGACUCUGCAGGUGACUGCAUUUUGGAAGAUGCUGGUGUCCGCGGAUUUGAGAGGGAUACCCCAGAGGAACCCGGUCUCCCCCUGAGGGUGCAGCGGCUCACACUGAAGGUUCACUCCCACUUGUACCAGAGAGUGCUCCUGUCUUGCCAGAGAGCUCAGGAAGUGGCCCUGACUGACAUCAUGUUGUUAAUGGAGCUGUUUGACUGGUUCUUUGAGUUGGAGGAGGAGGCAGACGAUUCCGGAACAUUGGACAGCAGGUCGGACGAGAGCCAGGACGGGCGCGGCCGGUGGGGUGUCGGUCCCCGGGCAAGCGACCUGCUGAGCUGCAUCAGCGAGGACGACCUCCGGAAGCUUCUGGAACACGCCGGGAGCAGGCGGCGGUCUCUGGUGGAGGGAGCGAACCCCCCCCCCCCCCCGGCGCCUACCGGCCUCACUUGUCCCCCCGUCCCUCGUGGUCGAGCGGGCGGCGCUCGAGCGAGAGCUGGGCGAUACCUCCCCAGGUCAAGCAGCCCAGUCCGGCCCCCGCCCUUCGGCGCGCCUCGGCGGACCAGGGUCAGAGCCCCGGUAGAAGGGCAUCGUAUGGGAACCAGUCCCGAGGGUAUCCACCCUUCUCCCACCAUGAGUAGAACAAAAUGUAGCUCCUCAGGAGACAGGUCUGUCAGGGCUCAAGAUCUGGCCGAAAAGGAAUCCCUUGCUCUCCUCAACCCCAAGCUUUCAUUCCCCAAUUUUAAUCAUUUCAACACCAAGCCUUGGACACAGAGGAGACAGCUCAGGUUCAGGGUAUCUCUCGUGCCAUUUCCAGGCUUCUUUCAGACUGUGCUUUCGAGUGUCUUUUUCCCUCUGUCCACAGCCCAUCAUGUAGGCGCUGAGGGAGCGGGCACUGUCAGAGGGUCAGUGCUGAGGGUGUGGGCACUGUCGGACGGUCAGUGCUGAGGGAGCGGGCACCUUCAGAGGGUCAGCACUGAGGGAGCGGGCACUGUCGGAGGGUCAGUGCUGAGGGAGCGGGCGCUGUCAGAGGGUCAAUGCUGAGGGUGUGGGCACUGUCGGAGGGUCAGGGCUGAGGGAGCGGGCACUGUCAGAGGGUCAAUGCUGAGGGUGUGGGCACUGUCGGAGGGUCAGCACUGAGGGAGCAGGCACUGUCGGAGGGUCAGUGCUGAGGGAGCGGGCACUGUUGGAGGGUCAGCGCUGAGGGACUGGGCACUGUCGGAGUGUCAGUGAUGAGGGAGUAGGCACCGUCGGAGGGUCAGUGCUGAGGGAGUGCCGCACUGUCGGAGGGUCAGUGCUGAGGGAGUGCCGCACUGUCGGAGGGUCAGUGCUGAGGGAGUGGGCACUGUCGGAGGGUCAGCGCUGAGGGAGCGGGCACUGUUGGAGGAUCAGUGCUGAGGGAGCAGGCACUGUCGGAGGGUCAGUGCUGAGGGAGUGGGUGCUGUUCGUGUCGGUGCUGAGGGAGCGGGCACUGUCGGAGGGUCAGUGCUGAGGGAGUGGGUGCUGUUCGUGUCGGUGCUGAGGGAGCUGGCACUGUCGGAGGGUCAGUGCUGAGGGAGUGGGCGCUGUCGGAGGGUCAGCGCUGAGGGAGCGGGCACUGUCGGAGGGUCAGUGCUGAGGGAGCGGGCACUGUCAGAGGGUCAGCACUGAGGGAGCGGGCACUGUCGGAGUGUCAGUGCUGAGGGAGCGUGCGCUGUCAGAGGGUCAAUGCUGAGGGUGUGGGCACUGUCGGAGGGUCAGGGCUGAGGGAGCGGGCACUGUCAGAGGGUCAAUGCUGAGGGUGUGGGCACUGUCGGAGGGUCAGCACUGAGGGAGCGGGCACUGUCGGAGGGUCAGCACUGAGGGAGCAGGCACUGUCGGAGGGUCAGUGCUGAGGGAGCGGGCACUGUUGGAGGGUCAGCGCUGAGGGACUGGGCACUGUCGGAGUGUCAGUGCUGAGGGAGUGCCGCACUGUCGGAGGGUCAGUGCUGAGGGAGUGCCGCACUGUCGGAGGGUCAGUGCUGAGGGAGCGGGCACUGUUGGAGGAUCAGUGCUGAGGGAGCAGGCACUGUCGGAGGGUCAGUGCUGAGGGAGCGGGCACUGUCAGAGGGUCAGCACUGAGGGAGCGGGCACUGUUGGAGGGUCAGUGCUGAGGGAGCGUGCGCUGUCAGAGGGUCAAUGCUGAGGGUGUGGGCACUGUCGGAGGGUCAGGGCUGAGGGAGCGGGCACUGUCAGAGGGUCAUUGCUGAGGGUGUGGGCACUGUCGGUGGGUCAGCACUGAGGGAGCGGGCACUGUCGGAGGGUCAGCGCUGAGGGAGCAGGCACUGUCGGAGAGUCAGUGCUGAGGGAGCGGGCACUGUUGGAGGGUCAGCGCUGAGGGACUGGGCACUGUCGGAGUGUCAGUGAUGAGGGAGUAGGCACCGUCGGAGGGUCAGUGCUGAGGGAGUGCCGCACUGUCGGAGGGUCAGUGCUGAGGGAGUGCCGCACUGUCGGAGGGUCAGUGCUGAGGGAGCGGGCACUGUUGGAGGAUCAGUGCUGAGGGAGCAGGCACUGUCGGAGGGUCAGUGCUGAGGGAGUGGGUGCUGUUCGUGUCGGUGCUGUGGGAGCGGGCCCUGGAUUCCAGUGUCUGAUUGGAUUCCUGUGAUGAUUGCUUUUGUGAGCUUCCAGCAGAAUCCUGUGACCAGUGCAAUUCCAGUCGUACACUGGAGCCCACUGUGCCCUGUGCAAAUCUAAGAUGGUGAUAGAAGGGGAGAAUUUCUGUCAGAGCAGCUGAGAGAAAGAGAGAUGAAUAUUCUGAAUUCUGGGUGAGAGCCAUUUUAGCAUCGUGUCUCCAACUCCAUCAGCUGGGCUGUGUAAAUUGCCCAGCUCCAGUGUUUGUCCAUUCAUAAAUUAACUAACAUUCUGCAUUUCUGUAUUUUGUGUCCUAACUGCUCCCAUUAAGAAAGU